AUGCCAUCCGUCGAAGACUCCGCUGCGACAGCUGCGGCCGAUGGAGCGGCUGCUGCAGCGAAGGCGGACGCUAAUACCGUGGGUAGAAGCGACCCGCCCAUGGACGACGUUGACAUGGGCAGCGACCACGGCUAUGGCCGUGGACAAGUGUGGAACGCUCCGGCCAUCCCACAACCUCCGACUUUCAAGGGAUCGACGAAGUCGGAGCGGCGCGUUUUUAUGCGCGAGUACCAAAAGUACUUGGCGCAGAUGAAUGCGCUCCAAUGCACGGGAUCGCGUCCGUUUGCGAUGCCGGUUGGUGCUUGCAUGGAUCCGUUCUCGAAGCGGCGGAUCGACAUGUUUGACCUGAACAAGGGUCACAACCUUGUCACGGAAGCUGAGUGGAUCGCGUGGUUUCACGCGGCGUUCGAAGAAGAUCCGCAAGAUCUCGACGUCCCAAAGAAGCAUCUGUCAGCCGCCAUUUGGUUCGACGCUGAGUCUAGAGUCGGUCGUAUGCUGGACGACCUUAUGCGUGUGCUGGAGCAAGACCACCAGGAGUGGGUGCUCCACCAGGAAGGCAAGAUGGUUGUCGAGGUGAUGGCGCGUGCCAUCCGACCGGAUACGUUGAAGAGCGCUGUCCAGAAGCAGCUGCAGCUCCAACGAAACAAGGCCCUGAAGAGCGACGUAUGUCGCUUUGUAAACUUGCUCUGGCAGUUCUCUGCCGGCUUCCAGCUUUACGUGGGGCUAGAAGAAGCUUCGCUGCCCCACCGAAGUCGGACACCACGGACAAGGGCGGCCGUGGCAAAGGAAAGUGGCGACGGCCCCAAGGAAGGCGGCGGGAAGAAUCCUCCGAAAAUACCGCUGGCGGCGAAACCUGAUGUAGCGGGCGACAAAGAUGAUGCGGCGCCAAAGAAGGGGCGUGGCGCGUGUUUGAAGUGCGGCGACAAGGAUCACCGCGUGGCGGAUUGUCCCAAGGCUCGUGUGAAGCGUCUGCUAGAUGCGAUGGUGAAGAAUCGCCAAGAACGGCACGGGAGCUGA